AUGCAAGACUGUAAGAAACUGAAGUCAGUUGAGCAUCCUCCACGUACAUUAAGCAGGUUGUUGCUCUUUUCUCGCCAUGAGAGUUUUAUAGAUAAAGUUGUAUUUGAUCUGGAAAUGUCCCCAAUAAAGUUAUCAUCAAACUGGUGGAUAGAUUAUCACAGUUGGUCAUAUGAAGUUGAAGGUAUGAUCAAAGUCCAACAAAUGGUGGAUGUUGAGGAAAAGUUAUUAUGUAGCUUGGGCUGGAUUAAUUUAGACUUCCUUGACGCAGUCCGUGUGGGAACUAAUCCUUGUAAAUCUAAAAUCCAGACUAUGUUUUAUGAAUUUGGAAUAUUCAGCACGAUUUAUGAGGCAGAGGAGAUGCCGAGUUGGUUUAGGCAUAGAAGUGUUGGGCCAUUGAUCGGUGGUAAAUAUGAUGAAAAUGGUACAAAAAGAUGCAAAAAGAAGUUCAAGGAAUUACACGAAGAGAAAUCAAGAUUGAAAACAAAAGAAUAG